ACCGUCGGAGAGUGCGGACGUGCGUGAUGUGAGUGUUCCAUUGUUGGCAACAUGGCAGUGCGACGUUCCUUCUCCCGUUCGGGAAUCGCGAGGUGGGCGUUGAUUACAAUCGCGCUUCUACUCGUCGCGGCGACAAUCAACGCCCAAAGGGGUGAGGGUGAUCUGUGCCAUUCAAAAUAUGGAGGGUCUGGGGUGUGUCUGCAUAUCAACUCGUGUCCAUCAGCUAUCCGCAUGGUGCGUGAAGGUAUUGUGCCAGACAUAUGUGGAUUCCGAGGAAGCACAGCCAUAGUGUGCUGUGAAGAUGAUGCUGCCUCCAAUCAACUAAUCGCAGGAGAUUCACCACCUAGGAAGCCACAAAGGCCACCAGUAUUUUCUUCAAGCUCAGAAGAUGGGGGCAACAGUAACUUUGGGAACAGACCAGCACAAGGAGGCAGACCACAAUACAAUGAGCCUGGUUCUCAGUACAGGCCAGGAAACAACAGGCCAAAUACCCAAACCAGACCAACUGCUCAGCAAAGGCCAAACAACAGACCAAGCUCUCAAUACAGACCGGAGAACAAUAGACCAAAUAGUCAGUACAGGCCAGAGAAUAACAGACCAACUACUCAGUACAGGCCAGAAACUGGAAUACCUGAAUCACAAAACAGACCAUCAAACAGCAGACCUGGCUCACAGUUCCAGCCUCCCACUACACAAUUUGGUAACACUUUCAAUCAGCAAAUUAGGAGGAGUAUUAGUGAAGAGAAAUGUGAUGAGUAUGCGAAGUCUGUGACAGAAAGAGUUGAAGCUCUACCACUCCUACCAAACCCUGACCCUGUUACUAUACAAGUGAAGAAAUGUGAUUUUGAGAAGCUGCCACUAAUUGUUGGAGGUGAGAAAACUGUUGUUGGAGAAUUUCCUCACAUGGCUGCUAUUGGUUAUCAAAAUGAUGGUACUCUGGCUUGGAACUGUGGGGGAUCACUAAUUAGUGAAUAUUAUGUGCUCACUGCAGCCCACUGCACACACUCUGGAAAGGGUCCCCCAGUGAUAGUUCGUCUUGGUGAACUGAAUCUGAAACGUGAUGAUGAUGGAGCACACCCUGUGGAUUAUCGCAUUGUAGAUAUUGUGCGCCAUCCUGAAUAUAAACCACCAAGCAAAUACAAUGACAUUGCUCUGUUGCGUCUUAGUGACCGUGUGCAUUUCAACAAGUUUCUACGACCUGCUUGUCUCUACACACAUGACACUUUCUCAGUCAACAAGACAGUUGCAACUGGUUGGGGUAGGAUAGAUUAUGCUGAAAAACCAAGUGAAACUUUGCUGAAAGUGGUUCUUGAUAUAAUAGAUAACAAAGUGUGCAACAACAUAUGGCAAAGUGGUGUCAAGAUCAGUUCUCUGCCUCGUGGAAUAGCUCCGUCAAUGAUGUGUGCUGGUGUCCUUUCAGGAGGCAAAGACACUUGUCAGGGUGAUUCUGGUGGGCCAAUUCAAAUAUCCAGCAGAAGAAAUCAUUGUGUGUAUUACGUUAUUGGAGUGACAUCAUUUGGGAAAUACUGUGCUGGAAAAAAUUCACCAGGAGUCUAUACACGUGUUUCUUACUUUGUUCCAUGGAUUGAGAGCAUUGUGUGGCCAGAUGGUUAGCUUACAGAGUCAUCACCAAUCUGUGAUAUACUUUGAAUCUCUGGAGCUCACAUAAGAGCAAAUUUCUUACAUUAAAAACUUUUUAUGCUUUGUGUUUUAUAAAUAACAGCAGAGAUACUUCAAGUUUUAACAUCUGUGUCCUCUGCUUUUGCUCCAAGCAGAAACUUUCCACAGGGAUAAGUAGUUUGAAAAUGUACGUUAUCUGAUCCCAGCCAUAUUAUCAAAGGAUGUGAUGACAGCUUUAUCACCAAUCACUUCAGUUGUCUGGAGUACAAAGUUUUAAGUAGUUGAUGGUAUAUGUUGGUUCACAACACAUGGUGAUAAUCAGUGGACAAUGAUUGGGGUAUUUAUUUCAAGAUUUUCAGUUUUCUUGCUUCUUUUUCAGCAUGGAAAUGUAAUUUUAUCUUACUGUUACUUGCUUUAGUGUGAUAAAAGACUGUCAAAACCUGCAAAUUACUUUGCAUGUAUUGGGCACACUCAGGAAUAAAAUUUUAAGAUCAAUCAAAUUCUUACCUUUUCCCCCAUGAACUUCAUAGAGCACUCACUGUGAUUUAGUUGCUUCUUUGUUAAUAUUUUCAUAGUAUUUCUUGUGGUGAAUUUUGUUUUUAAAUGAAGGGAUUUACAGGGGCUUCGUCAACAUUUUCUCUGUCAAGCUGACAUCAGGAAUGUCUCAUCUGUCAUUUGAUUACUUUACUGUUUCAUCGAAAUUUACUGUUGUCACAGAUCUAACACUCAGAUAUUUAACCAGAAAGUUAUAAAAAUGAAAUCAUCAUGGAUGCUAUGAAACACUUUCA